GAGUUUUAGCCUGGCACGUGUGCAGCCUUUUUUUUAAGUGUGGCUCUCAGCUGCCGAGGCGGAUGAUGAUGAUGGCGGAGCUGGUUCAGGGACAGGCCUCGGUGGCUCAGCCCGGAACGAAAGAUGACUUCGCAGACACGAUACGCCGGGUUCGACAGAUGGCAGCCAAGAUGGGUGGAGACCAGAUGCCCAACAUGAACAAUUCCUCUCCAGUCAUAGAUCCCUCCCUCUAUGGAUUUGGAGGCCAGAAACGCUCGCUUGACAAUGGAGUGGGAAACCACCUCGGAGCAAUGGUACAUCAAAGGGCUUUUACCACAGAAGAUUUCAAAGUGCCUGAUAAGAUGGUGGGCUUCAUCAUAGGAAAAGGUGGAGAGCAGAUUUCAAGAAUUCAGUUGGAGUCGGGCUGUAAGAUCCAAAUCGCUUCAGACAGUGGAGGUAUGUUGGACAGACCCUGCACACUGACUGGCAGCCCGGAGAACAUCGAUCAGGCUAAGAGGCUGCUGAACGAGAUAGUGGAGCAGUGUCGCUACGGUCCGGGCUUCCACAGUGACAUGGACGGUAACAGCUCCAUCCAGCAGAUCCUCAUCCCCGCCAACAAAGUCGGCCUGGUCAUCGGCAAAGGAGGAGAGACCAUCAAACAGCUGCAGGAGAGAACAGGAGUCCAGAUGAUUAUGAUUCAGGAUGACCCCAUGCCCACCGGGGCAGACAAACCUCUCAGAAUCACCGGGGAUCCACACAAAGUACAGCAAGCUCGUGAACUGGUGGUGAAGCUCAUCCGGGAGAAGGACCAGGGUGACUUCAGAUCCGGCAGAGCAGACUUUGGACCCAAGAUGGGGGGAAGCAGUCUGGAUGUGGUUGUGCCCAGGUUUGCUGUCGGCAUCAUCAUUGGCAGAAAUGGAGAAAUGAUCAAGAAGAUCCAGAAUGACGCCGGGGUCAGGAUCCAGUUCAAACAAGAUGAUGGCGUCAGUCCUGACCGUGUUGCUCAGGUGAUGGGCCAGGCUGAUAACUGCCACCACGCCAUUCACCUCAUCAACGAACUGGUCCAAACCGCUCAGGAGCGUGAUGGAUUUGGGGGAGUGGUGGGACGUCGAGGGCGAGGCGACAGUAACAUGGGAGGCAUGGGAGGGCUGCAGGAGGUGACCUACGCCGUACCUGCUGACAAGUGUGGCCUGGUGAUCGGCAAAGGCGGAGAAACCAUCAAGAACAUCAAAGAGCAGUCUCGUGCCCACGUGGAGCUGCAGAGAAACCCGCCGCCCAACACCGACCCCAACGUGCGCAUCUUCUCCAUCCGCGGUACCCCUCAGCAGCUGGAGAAGGCCAGACAGCUGAUCGAUGAGAGAAUUGGGGGCCCAGGAAUGAGCAACAGCAGCAGCUUCGGGAUGAGUCCCUACAACCACGGAGCAGCCACUCCACCUCAACAUGGGCCACAGACGUUCAUGACAGGAGGAGCAGCAGCAGGAGGAGGAGGUGGAGGUGGAGGAGGAGGAGGGUGGGGAACAACCUUUCAGAUCUGGCAACCUCAAGGCCAACAGGACCACAGUCACAAUGGUUCCCAGACGGGCCAGAUGGACUGGGAGCAGUAUUAUAAAAAGCUAGGUCAGCAGAACCAAGGCCAGAGCACCACUCCUGAGUACAACAAGGCCUGGGGUCAGACAGCCGGUCCUGGGUCCCAGCAGAACUCUAACCCUGACUACAACGCCUGGUUCGACUUCUACAGACUGCCCGUGGGUUACUUCAACCAGGGAGCGCAGCAGACACAAGCUCCAGGCCUUCAGGAUCAUUAGAGACCCCGUCAUCGUCGUCGACCCGUCAGAGACUUGAAUCACUGAAAGGAUGAAAAACCCUUUGGUAAGAGAAGGAGUUUUAACAUUUGCAAAGCCUUGAAGACUUAUUUUCUUAGUGAGAAACACUAGCUGUAGAAUGACUUCUAUGAUAAAGUAAUAUUUCUAAAAAAAAAAAUCAGGAACAUUUAUUUGUUACUAAAUGCUUAUGUAUACACUGUUAUUUUGAAUAGACCGUAUAUAUCUGGGAUCCCUUUGUUUUAUUUGUUUGGACUUGAGAGCGAACUGCGUUUAAUUUUUUUUGUUUGUUUCGUCUACUUUUUCCUGUCUCUGACUCUGAGAUUGUAACGCCAAAAUGAACCCACGAGUUGUAACAUUUCAAAACGGCAAUAUGAUCUAAUGUUUUUUUUCUCUGUUUUUAUUUGAUUUGAUUUUUUUUUUGUGUGUGUGUGUUGAAAUGAAAACGUGAUUCUGUGCUUAGCAGUCUUGAAUAGCGUUAUUGUCCGAUGUCAGCAGAUGUUUAAAGAGCGUGUUCAGAUGUUUUCCUUCCUUUUUACAUAAUUCAGUGAAAUGAAACUGUGAUGUUUUGUUACAGCAGAUGUAUUUUUGUUACAUGGUUUAAGAAAAAUAAACGAGGAUUAAUGUCAGCCAGUGGCAAUAGUUCUAACUUAAUUCCUGUUGUGCAUUGUAAGCUGUUUUUCAUUGUCAUUUUUAUUGUAUUCUGGUUUAAAAAAACAAAAACAAAGGUGCAAUAUCUUAUUUCCCUUUUGAAACAAAGAUGGGUUCUCUAAUAUUUUUGACAGACUUUUAACUUGUAGUUUUAAGAUGUUUUUCUUUCUAUUUUUUUUUUCAAAUGAAAAUGUCAUGGAUAAUUUAUUACAGUGAUUUCAUAAGAUUUAGGGGGAUGUUGCAAAUAGCUUUGUUGCCUUUACUACCUUGUAAAACUCUGUAUAUAUAUGCUCAUAUUUGACUGUUAAUUUAAAUAUAUAUAUGUUUCAUAUAUAUAUAUACAUAUAAAUAUAUAAAACUUUUUUUUUUCCUGUGCUUCAGCGUUGCAGGAAACUUGUCCCUCCUUUUUCUGUUUUUCAUACUGAAAAUGUUGAGUAAAAAAAAAAAGUAAGAUUGUGAAUGUGUCACUUGAAAUUUGAUGUUGCAUCUUGUUAUGAAGACAAAUGAGACGUGGUAGAAUUUCUUCUUCUUUUUUUUCGUGCAUGUCUGUUUGUUGUAACCAAACUAUUCAAGACUGCUAAGCCGACGUUCUUCUGCCUGUGUGAUAAUUAACAUGUCGUGUUUUUUUUUUUUUACGUUUUAAGUAUUAUGAUCAAAAAAACUCUUAUUUGGUACCUCCCAGUUCACCGGCGCCCCCUGCUGGGUCGUCGUCUUCAGUCCAAUGCUAAUAACGUUUUAAUUAAUUUUUUUAUUUGUUUGUGUGAACCUAAUAUAAAUGAUGCAUCGUUUAUGGAGGAAAAAAUGAUUCUGGUAUUAACAUUGUUUCUUAAUGAAAAGGGAUAUAAUUUGGAAAAAAAAUGUCUAACUAUGGUGUUUUUGUUUUUUUUCCUUAAGUGUACAGUUAACCAUGUAUUAAAAAAACAUCAUCAGACUACCUUUGUUGUCUACUGUUAAGCUGACUUUUCUGUUCCAACCUCUGAAUGUCCUGUAGUCUGAUCAUCAAGUGUUGAAUAUUCUUCAUUCUUUGGAGCUGAAAACAGCUCUUGUGUUAAUGUAUGUAUAUUUAUAUCAACAUACACCGACAGAUGACACGUCCGAGAUCUCUAUACAGGCCAACUGUGUUUAUGUUUUCUAAGCAGAAGUUAUAUUUUCUAUAGUCUACUGCCAGUUCUCAAAUUCAAAUAAAUUGUCCGCAAGCUGC